GCACAAUAGACUAUAUAAGCGCCAACAGUGAUGUUAGGCAUCCAGUCAGUAAACACUUCGCUUUACCUGAACUUCUGAACCAUGGCUGUUAAGUAUUUUCUCUGCGUUGUGGCGAUAACUUGGGCGACCUUUUCUUUCGCUGUCGCAGAUUCAUCAGACCUAAUAGCAAGAAGGCCAAAAUUUUUCCAUAACUUUAUCAUCCAAAAAUUAUCAGAACUGGGUAUGAAUCCACUGUUUGGCGGAAUUUCUGGUAUUCGACCAACAGCACAACCACCUCUCGUUGUUAUCUUAUUAUCUCCCAACAAAGUGGAACCAUCUCAGGCCCCUACUGCCUCAAAUCCUCAAAGUGUGCCUCAAACUAACGCCGAAGCCGGUAAUGGAAAUCCUCCAGAAGUCGGUAAUGGAAAUCUUCCAGAAGUCGGUAAUGGAAAUCUUCCAGAAGUCGGUAAUGGAAAUCCUCCAGAAGCCGGUAAUAAAAACCCACCCGCAAAUGGAGGUGGAAGUGAGCAAGGCAAUGGUAAUGGAAAUACCGCAGGUGAUAUUACUGGCAAUGCUCCGGAGGAAGCGCAAGUUGUGAGCGAAGCUGCCAUGGUGGAAGAAAUGGAAGACUUAAUGGCGUAAGCAAAUUCGUGAUUGUGCAUGUAGUGAUCAAUACUAUAUUUGUCAGUGCAUAAAAAAAAAUUACUAAAAUUAAAGAUAUUUUUCAAAAUGAUAUAAGAGGACUCUUUGCAAUAUCCUAGUAGUCCGUAUGCCAGCGACAGAUUUUCACGACCAAGUUCCUCUCAGUCGAUAUCUCGUAAACUACCUCAGAUAGUUGCAUUAUGAAGGGUUGUGAACGUCAGCUGCGGCUCCGAGGGUGGGUUGAGCAGUUAUAGCCACCCUCGCACGUAAAAAAAAAAAUUAUUUUUAGUCAUUUCCUCCCGAUUAAAACAUUGAUCAAAUUAAAGUUAGACUAAUAUUUUGAAGAAAUAAAAUCGUCAGCUGAUUAUAAAGUGGUGGAUUAUACGUCAGCUGGUCACACAAAUAUGGAAAAAAAAAUAUUUUUUCAGUGAUUUCCUCCCAAACGAAAAUUUAUCAGAUGAUAGUUUAUGUAUUGUUUUUAAUAAAUAAAUAAGUCAGCUGGCUAUAUGUCGGUGGAAUGUGCGUCAGCUGAUUCCCUGAAGGUGUAACGUAGGAGCUAGUCGGAAACAUUUAUAGCCUAAGUAAAUGUAUCAGCUGACGAGUUUUCCCCCAACAUACUGCCAGCUGAUUUGUUUUAUUACUUACAGGAUCAUUUCAACAAUCCGCACAAACAUUUCUUUUCGGGAGGAAAUGACGUACUUGAAGUUAUUCAACAUUACAUUUAAUGUGCAAACUGAAAUGUAUAAUUUUAUGGCAAUGUUUCGAUUAAAUAAAAUUUUUUAUGGGAACUUUCCGAUUCUUAAGAAUAGAAAUAAAUAAAUAUUUUGUUAAGCAAAUCAACUAAUUUAUAAUAAUGGAAAUUGGAAACAUUUCAAAAAGAGUAUUGCAAAUGAUGAAUCAUGAAUGAUGAAAAUUGGAAACAUUUUAAGAAAAGUAUUGCAAAUGAUGAAUCAUGAAUGAUUUUGCAAUUUGUGCAAACAGAGCAAAAGUCAUUAUCAUUGCCUUUGAUAGAUACAUUUUCCCAUCGAUUAAAGACACUGAGCAUAAACUCCGAGGUAUGGAACAAGUAAACUUCCGUAUCGAUGGUCCAGAUCAAGUGCGAAAAAAAGAUUUUUCAAUUGAGUUAAAAAAUACCAACUUUAAAGAAGCACUUGUACAGUUUUUUAUUGAAAAUUGGGAAGAAAAUUAUAUGGCACCAUAUAUUAAUAAUAUUGUAAAAUAAUUUAUGUCAAUGCUGACGAUUGUUUUAAGUACGUAGUUACAGAUUCUAAAGUGGUAAAAACGGUAGAAAAAACACUUUCGUGUCGAGCUCACGAAGAAGCCGACACAAAAAUAAU